AUGUGGUUGCUGUUCACGAGGCCGGACAUCGCGCUGCCUUUGAACAAGCUGCAGAAGAUCGCCCACUCACCCACCGAGAGGAUGUGGAACGCGCUUGUGCGGAUCAUGUCCUACCUCAACGAGACGAAGGACCUCGGGAUCACCUACGUCCGCGGAUCAGGGCUAGACCUAGACGUGUUCGUCGAUUCUAGUUACGCCGACAGCACCGUUGACAGGCGUUCGACGACGGGGCUAGCCGUGACUGUAGGUGGGACCGUAGUGUGCGCAUCCACGAAGACACAGCCAGUGACGGCUCAGUCGACCACGGAGGCAGAGUAUAUUGCAGCCGGGGAGGGCGUGAAGGAAGCGUUGUUCGUGCGUGGUGUUCUGUCGUUCAUUGCGCCCGAGACGAGCGGUGCCACGAUCAGGGUCCGUGAGGACAACGAGGGGGCUCUCGCGUUGGUGCAGAACCCUUUCAGCUCGGCGAGGAGCAAGCAUAUCGACGUGCGGUUCCACAUUCUGAUUGCCGCAAUAGAGAGGAGGGGACACACAGACUGUACGACUGUACAGUACCCGACACCUCCUCACCCGAUCACAUUCAGUGGCAGCGACCGGGUCUACUUCAUCCGCGAGCUCUUCAAGGCGGGCAAGAUCACCGCAGAUUAUGUCUCGACAGAAGAGCAGCACGCCGAUAUGCUGACCAAGGUCCUUGGUAGGGGCAAGUUGGAGUACCACCGGAGGCUCUGA